AUGGGACACAGUGGAUUCGGUCCAUUCACAUUAAUCUGUGCCUUAGAAGCCACGGCACCACCAGAGAUAAUGGUGCGAGUCUUUGGGGUUGGUGUUAUUGACUCAGACCACAGGCCAAUUAUCGGCAUCUUAAUCUCAAAUUUAGAAGACGCCUGGCUAGUGUCAUUCCAGAACAGGUCCCAAAGGAUAAGAGUCGCCAGCAUGCUACCCUUGGCGGUGUUCUGGGGACUGGUUGCCCUCAUUGGCACUUCCAGGGGCUCACACCCCCUCACUCAUUCUAUGAACCCUCAUCUGCAUGCUCGACUUUACCAUGGUUGCUAUGGAGACAUCAUGACUAUGGAGACUUUUGGGGCCCCCUGUGACAUCAAUAAUCUGAUGAACUGUGGGGUCCACGGUUCCGAAAUGUUUGCCGAGAUGGACUUGAAAGCCAUCAAGCCUUACCGCAUCCUCAUCAAAGAAGUGGGACAGAGAUACUGCAUCGACCCCGCUAUCAUCGCCGCCAUCAUCUCCAGAGAAAGCCAUGGUGGAGUUGUCCUGCAAAAUGGCUGGGACCAUAGGGGGCAGAAAUUUGGUUUGAUGCAGCUUGAUAAAAUGCACCAUCCUAUUGGCUCUUGGGACAGCAAAGAACACCUUCUACAGUCUGUUGGGAUUCUAGCAGAGAAGAUUAAGGCAAUCCAGAGAAAAUUUCCCACAUGGAAUUCAGCUCAGCACCUCAAAGGUGGUCUGGCUGCUUUUAAGUCAGGACUGGAAACCAUUGUUACUCCUGCAGACAUAGAAGCUGAUUUAGUUGAUGAUCUUAUUGCCCGAGCCAAAUUCUAUAAAAGACAUGGCUUCUAGGCAGAGGCGCAUUGACGUGGAA